CUGCCGCAUGUCCACCUGAUUUCGACAUUCCGCUAUCCUUUGAUGUCCAGGGUCGAACUGAACGAUGUGACAAAAUGGUUGAUGCAGGCUCCCAGCAUCGCCCGGGAUAAGGCGCCCUUCUACUGGACCUACCUCGAUUGCCCCGCGGACAGCACCAUCUUUCUCAUGUGGCAACCGACUGCCCGCCGCGGAAACGAGUUCUCGAGCGACGGAUACUACUGGGCCUCUCCUGAGGUUAUGCUCAGCAACCCCCUCAACAAUGGUUUGAUUUACUUCCAAAAGUGUGGCUGGCGCGCCGGCGAGCAGAUCACCAUGCACUCUCGAAGACGGUUUCGCCUCGCUCACGCCCGUGAUGCCCAGGUCGCGAACCCCCCCCAGAUCGACCCGAAUCUUUGGAUUGUUCACUACGGCCCGAGCGAGAAUCAAGACAGAUACCCCACCAGUUCUUUUGGCGUGCCACCUCAAAUACAGUCGAUCAUGAACAACCGUCAACACCUUUUUCAGCUGGGGCAGAUUGUUCGCAAGGAGUUUAUGCUGUCUGAUCGCGUCAACUGGCCGCAGAUUCCCUUCCCUCAGCGCGGACAGUCGAUUUAUGUGCCGCCAAUGCAACAGCAGCCAAUGAACACUCGGACGGCAUAUCUUGGUGGACCGGGCGGACCUGGCCAGCCCCCGUCUAAGAGACGGGGGCAACAGGCCCAGCCGGGACACCCGAUGGGUGCUGGGUAUCCGAGUGCUGAUGGGGCGCUGGAUGAUGACGAGGAUGUUCAUCGGGGUGAUAUGUUUGAUCACUUGAGUCCUCGGGAGAUGAGCAUGCAUCGGUACCAGCAGAAUCAUGAGUGGAUGGAGGAGAUUUUGUCGUCGCCGUAUCGGAUUGGGCAGCUGGAGAGUGGGGAUGUUUUGGAGCAGUUGCCUAAGAAGCCUUAUACCGGGCGUCUUGAGCCGGGGUUGGCUGACAAGAUGCGGGAGAGAGCUCAGGCUAAGAUUGCGGAGGUUCAGGCCGAGAUUCAAAAAUUGAAGGCGCAGCAUGAGAAGAGGAUGGGAGAGUUUAAGCAGAAUACUGCGAUUAGGGAUGCUGAGGCUGAGCUGAGGGUCUACGCAGGGGUGGGGAGUGAGCCCUGGCGGCUUGAGGGGAGAGUGGAGGGUGAGGAGGAGGAGGAGAGCUACAACAAGAAACCAUCCCGGUCGAUCGAGGAGAUUACGGCUGAUGUUGAGAAGCUGCUCGGCACCAAGGCGAUCACCGUCCCUGAAGUCAGCAGGGUUCAGGAUGGUGGUUAUCAGCAGCUUGCUCCUGAGCCGGAGAUUAUCGCGCCAUCCGCAGGGGCUUGUCCCCGAGGCGGUUGGGCUUUCAGGGGUGCA